AUGUCCUCCGACAAACCAUCCGACCUACCUCUUGGCAAUAUACCCGCUGAGCGACCUCCCGAUCCUUUCAUGCCCUUCGACCCUCCCGAUGCUGCCUACUCUGACAGUGAAGACUCAAACAUCUUCUCUGGCGUUUCUUCACCAGGCCAGAAGGCUCGCCGGGAUAUGCGGGUGUUUCCGCCAGUACAUACGUGGUCUGGGGCAUCCCCCGCUUUUUCCAGUGGCCCGAUAGCUGACUCCGAUCCGGCCGCGUUCUUACCAGUCGUUGGCUACCGUUACGACGACGACCACAUCUAUGCCCACCCCCAAAUGAGCGAUGGCGAGCUCAAGGGCACUAAUAUCGCUUUUUCGCAGAAGGCCAACACCAUCCCCGCCAUCUCAAACCUAUGGGCUGACCUAUUCAAUCAAAGGCAGGGGGUGCGGCGGUAUCACAAGAGGAUGUCGGAGCUUCGCAGUCAGAUCCAAAGCUUGCGAUCCGAAAAAACCAAGGCCGACAACGCCCUUCAUCGCCUAGCUCUUUCACACUCGCUGUCCGGGCAAGCACUUCCUCCUGUUCGAUCGGCGUUGCUCAUUGAAAAGGUCCGCAGCCUUCAUGAUACGUACGCAUCUGUGGAGGCGCAGUACGAGAAGUUGGAAACGGAAUUGAACCUACGUCAGAUGAAGCUCGAGUUCUCAGAGUCGCGGUUCUUUCAAAGCAUUCCGUCUGUCGCAGAUGCUUCUGGACAGGAGAUGUCCAUUUUGGCGAAUAUCCCGUUUCGACCCGCGUCGAACCACACGCUUUUCCAGAACAGCAGCGGCAGAGAAAGCGACCCACGAGUUCAGACCGCACCUGUCUCUCGCUCGGUAUAUUCAAUGGUGCCAGCUGAUGAACGUCUUCUUGGGAUUUCCGGCGAACGACCGGGGGACGUGCACCCCCUUUACACUCACCUUCUCCGAACGAUUAGCGCUCUCAAAACGUCCAGAGAGAAAUACGAAGAUCUUGUCAGUGAACGUGACGAUAUUCUGGAGAGCGUAGGAAACCAGUUGUUGUUGGAUCGCAGCCGAAGGAACCAGGACACCGACUUGAACAACUUGGAAUUGAACCUAAGAGCAGCUGUCAAGUCUGACCUAUUUCAGGAUAGGUUUGCAGGCUAUUUGGACGAUAGCGAUCGGGAGUUUUUGAAGCGCUUUGGCGAGCAGGAAAAGAUACGCCGAGGCGCAAUUAUCUUCCUCGAGCAGCAGGUUGCCAGUAUACGAGAAACGUGCGUUCGCAAGGCCAUUCUUCCCGUUGAUUUGCCUCCCAAGUCAUUGCCUGUCGAUUCCGACGACGGCUACGAAUACGACGGCGAUGAUGAUAUGGCCAUAAGCUUCGCGACGAGAGAUCUUCAUCCCAAUGUCAAACCCGUUACAACAAGCUUCCCGGUGCUGGUGACAGACCCACUGCUUGCAAUCAAGCAAUACCCACUGGCCCCAAAAGACGCUAUUCGAAAAGUUAUCGCCCUGCCCGAGGACGACCCGAAACGCCGACUGCUUCUCGAUGACUACGUCAAAGAGUACGGCAUCUUGUCGUCUCUUUCUCGCUUUGAGUCUGGAAACAAGGCCGAUUUUGUCAACCGAUGGCUGUUACAGAGCCUGCGCAUGUCGCCAAUGGCCGCUGUGCUUCUUUACACGGAGUUCUCUGGCAUCUUGCGUGUAAUCAACAUUGGACAAUGGCAGAAUGACGUGGUGCACUUUUGGGCUCAUGAUGGCACGAAUGUUCCAGAACCAUACUUUGGUGGGCCCGUCACAGAGGCUCUGUCGUCUUGUUCUUCGACGACAUCCUCCUCGUUCAUUGUCGAGAAUCACGGCGAGUCGGGUUCCGGUGGUGCUAAAAUGCACGUAUGA